AUGAAGCUUCAUUCCAUGCAACCGCGGUUUGACCUCGAGGGCGAACCGAAGUUUCUCUUCACCCAUGUUAUCCUCCACGAUGGCAACGACUAUUACUCAGCCCAGGUGCCUAAGCGUCCCAUACGGGAUGAGGAUAUUUCCAAAAUAUGCAGCCACCCCAGCCUCAGAAAAAUCCCACUUGAGCACAUUUGGCCGAAGAUGGAAUACGACCUGACCAUAUGUGCGGAUCCCGAGAGACCGGGUGUCUACAUCAAGCGUCCUCGACUCACCGGCUACAAGGGUUCGGCAUGUCUCAGCCUGUGGCUACUCCAAGAAGCGCGAAUCUGCGAGUUGGUCGUCAAGCGUCCUCACAAAAAUGUUGCUCAAUACCUCGGCUGUGUUGUGGAAAAUGAUCGCAUUACCGGGCUCUGUUUCGAAAAAUACGAGGAGACCCUAGAGGAUCGUCUUCUAGACGGUCGUUCCGUCAACAACGAAGAUUGCCUUCUACAAAUUUCGGCAGGUCUGGACCACCUCCACAGUCUCGAUAUCGUCCACAAUGAUAUGCGCCUCGACAACGUCAUGUUUAAAACUAGAGACGAUGAUGUACCAGUUAUCAUCGACUUCGAUUCUUGUGCUAUCAGGGGCUGCCCUCUCCCGGACAAGCGGCGUCUAUUGCCUGACGGUGUUUGCACCGCGGAAUUUAAAAAUGACGACUACGGACUUGAUAUGCUCCACAAAGAACUUGGAACUUGUGUCCGAGGGAACGCAUCAGAGUUUUCUUGA